CCCGGGGCUGGGAGCGAGAGUAGCGGGCGCUUCACGCCGCCCGGGCAGCCACCAUGAGCACCCGGCGGUCCCCGGGACGCCGGAGGGGGAGGGCGGAGGCUCGCCCCAAGGCUGAAAAUCUGAAGAAAAUAAACCAAGACUUAAGGCAACAUGUCCUACAACUGCUUAAUAAGAAGCAAGUGGUUGAAAGACAAGUGGAUAGUUUGACCUGUAAAAAUGAUCACCUGUGUAAAGAACUUGCUGUAAUUGCCAAACUAUCUGAGCAGCUGGAAAAGGAAAACGAGUUGUUACUGAACACCACUGAUAAGGAGCUAGAAGAAGCAAAGACUCAAGUUCGACGCCAGCAGAACAGCAUAAAGAAGCUGGAACACACGGUGAAAACACUGAAAUCUGCUAUUCUGCAAACAGAGAAUGAAAUAAGGCAAGGGAAAUCACCUUCAAGGCUUGAUACAUUUAUUAAGACACUGGAAGAGGACAGAGACUACUAUAAAAGCAAGACUGAGAAUUUGCUGAGGGUGUUUCGAAACGCAUCUUCAAGUCCUAAGCGUGGCUCUACUUGGGACAGCAUGUCCAAAAAAAAAUCACACGUCCAGGCCCAGGAAGAGAUUUCCCAGCUUCGUCAGGAAGUCAUCAAAUGCACCAGGGCUCCAAGAAGUACUGUGGCAGCUCAAGCAAUGCUAAGGCAUGUGGAGACGGAAAGGGAUACAGCACUGUCACAAUUACGAAGGAUGACUGCAGAACAUGACAGUCUCAGGAAGCAGCUGAAGAUUUCCCAAGAGACUGCAUUUAAUGAAAAAGCUCAUUUGCAGCAGAGAAUUGAAGAGCUAGAAACUACUAUUCAAAAUUUAGAUAGUGAACGGUUAGAGCAGAUGUCCAGAAUGGCUCUAAUGAAAGAACACAUCGAUUCUCUGGAAACAGAGGUAAAAAUAAUGUCAAGAAGAUGCCAGGACUCUGAGAAUGAGCUAAGCCACCAGAAGGAUGAAUGUAUUUCACUGAGUCUAAUGAAGGAAAAGACAGAGCAGAUUCUUUCAGAGGCACAGCGAAGUCUUACUAAGAAAAAAUAUGAAAUUCAACUUAAUGAAGAGAAAAUUAAGCUUCUGGAUGAAAAAAUUGAUGACUUUUCAAAACAAAGUUCUGCACAAGAAGAGAAGAUCUGUGCAUUGAAAGAUACAAUUGUGCAACUUGAUAAAGAGAAGGAAACUUUGCAAGAAUGCCUGGAAGAAGAAAGAGAGAAGAUCGUCACUUUUGAGGAAAACCUGAAGAUUAAAGAGAAAACUAUUUCAGAUUUGAAGAUUCUGAUUUCCGAUUUGGAGCGUUCGAUACAAAAAUCUGCUGAAGCGCUGUGUACCUGUGAGAAAGAUAUCACCAGUUUGCAACAACAGCUGCAAGAAGCCAACAAAGAACUUGCACAAGCUAACAACAACAGAGAAAUGUUAGCUCAGGAGAAGGACAGGUUACAAGAGCAUCUUUCUAAUGCUAAACAAGAAAAUCAGGUACUACAUAUGAAAAUAACUAAGUAUAAGAAUGAGCUUGAUGAGAUGAAGUUGAAAGCCCAGGAUUCAAACACGGAUAUUGCCAGACUAAAGGGAGUACUGAAGUUUAAAGAGAGAGAGAACUGUGAGCUUUUGGAGAAUUACCACAAAGCCCGUGAACAAGGAGAAAGUUGGGAAGCAAAGUGCCAUCAAGCAGAAGAAGACUGUAACUCUGUCAGAUUGGCAUUAAUCAGUGCGGAGUCUGAGAACCGCAGGUUGAAAGAGAAAAUGAAGACUCUUGAGACAGAGAUGGAGCAACUGCAGAGUGAAUGUGAUUCAUCCCAUUCUGAAAUAGAGCUGCUGAGAAGACAACUGGAAAAUGAAAGAGCAUCUCUGAAAAAUCUGGAAUCUUUGCUUGCGUCCAAUCGUGAGAGAGAAUUUCAGUCACAGAUAGCAGAGCAAGAGAAAGACUCCGAAAUUCUGCUUCUCAAGGAGCAACUUUUUUUAGCAGAGAAUAAACUCACUGUGAAGAGUCGAGAUUUCACUCAGCUCAAAAAUACAGCAGCUCAGCUAGAGUCAGAAUUGGAUAUCACUAGAAGACAGCUGGCAACUGAGAGGUUUGAAAGGGAACGAGCUGUACAGGAACUUCGAUGCCAGAAUCGUACAGUCACGUAUCAGUUAAGCUCUACAUUAAGAACAUCAUCACCUGAACGUGCUCAUCAUCCACUUCCUGACUGGUCUCUGGACAGUUCCCUGGAAGGGAAUUCUUCAUUCAAGGACUUCUAAUAUUAUAUUCACAAUGGCCUGUGAAGACUGCACACUAUUUGGAGAGUUCAAGUUUAAUUUGCAUUCAGUUAUCAUUUUUGCCUGCUGAAUGCUUUAUUUCAUUAAAUCUAUUUCAAAAAUACUUGCAUGAUUUAUAUACACUCUUUGUUGUUCAUUGGGAAGAAAUUGGUAUGGAUAGCUUCCUUUCCUUCCCCUCCCCGCUCAUGUAUUUUUGUGUUACAUGGCACAUCCAUCACUGUAAACAUAAAAAAAGUUCAGGUUACAUUGAUUGUACUCACAUUGUACUGUAAUUUUAACAUUGUGCAUUAUUUUAAAAGGUCAGUGAUAUAAUUAAAAAACAGGAUAGCAAAUAACAAUAUGAAACUUUAUUGGAGGAAAAAGGUGUCUAUGUUCAGGUGUCAUGAUUUGAAAGUGUGAGGGCUACGCUGAAAGUAAUGCCUCCUAUUUUGUGGUGUUGGCCCAUGAUGACAGAGGCAGAUGUUGGUGGGAUGGCAGUGGAGGUUGAACCUUCCCACCAAUAUUCCAUUACAUGCUUUGCUGUGUGACAGAUGGCAGCAGAGGGGCAGUCUGACACAGCAGUGGCUGACAUGAAAGUGCGACUGAAGAGAAGGCACGUCAUUGAAUUCUGGAAAAAUAGCACCCACUGACAUUCAUAGAUGCUUGCUGAAUGUUUAUGGAGACCAAGCAGUGGAUGUGAGCACGGUGAGGUGGUGUGUGGUGCAUUUUAGCAGUGGCAGCAGCUGGUACAGAUUGUUACUAGAGCAAUACACAGAGUCUUCUUCAUUGCUGGUGAAAACACCUAGCUGUUGAUUGUGACUAUGUUGAAAAAUAAGGUUUUGUAGCUGAGAAUUUGCUCUAUCAGAUAGUGUUGUUGUGCUCCUUGUAUCUACUGUAGUUUCCAUGGAAAUAAAAAGGAGGCAUUACUUUCAGAGCAACUGAUCUGUUUUUGAUGGACUAUGUGAAGAAUGCAUUUAAAAGAGUGCUAUGCCAUUUCAAGAUAGGCAGUUUUUUUGUUGUUGGCUUUUUUUCCUCUCUUAAAACCUAAACUACUUCUUAAUUUGUCUGAAAUAGAAUAGUAAUGCUAGGAGUUACAACAGUGUUGUGAUAACUAUGAAGAUGUGCAUUUUUUUAUGUUUCUCAUAUACAUAUAUACUUGGAGCGUGUUCAGUUUCUGACAAUUUUACUACAAUUGCACUAACUUUCUAAUUAAAGAGCUUUUUUAAUAUGAAUGAGAACUUCUUGGUGAUAUUUACUGGCACUUGCUCAGAAUUUCAGCUACCAUGCCAUAAUAUUUGUCAGUGUUACACAUUCUCCACCAUCAAAUGCAAGAGAGAAUGUAGAACUCUCCCCUACAAAUCAGCUGAAAAAUCCCUACCUCUGACUUCAGAAAUAGAUAAGUAAUUCCUAUUUAAAAUAGAAAAUAACUCACUUCUUGGUUUCACUUUUUUUUUUCUUCAAUAGAUUAUUCAUCUUUUUUGUUUUCUUUGUCAAAGUAUUUUAAAAUGGUCUCCAGCUUAUUUUCAAAAGCAAAAUCAAGUUGGUAAUGGUUUGAACAUGUAUCUCGUUUGUGCUUCACAUGUGUUUGGUUUGUGACAAUCUGACUCCUAAGCAUUAAAAUUCAUAUGUUAAGUAAUGGUUAGAGACAGCAUAAUCCAUAUAAAUGCUCCUAAGUACUUUUAAAAACAUGUUAACAUGAGCUAUAGAUAUGACCCUAUGUUGCUUUUUAGGAACAGGUUUCUUUAAAGAUCCUGUGAAAGCAUUUUGAUGAAUAAUGUAUUAAAAAAAUAAAUUAAAAUGAAUCUGUAAUGUAAAUUCUAGGAUUACCUUCCUCAAGGUAACAAUAAUUUACUCUUCAAUAUAGGUGGUCUGGUUUUAGUUUGCAGGAUUCUUCAUUCUUUGGGGGACUCUUACUCAGCCACAGAAGUCAUUUCAGCAGUCACCAGUGUUAAGAGGGUGGCUUGAAGUAAUAGAGACAGCAGAAUCAGAUGUAAUGACAUUAUACAUUUCCUUACUAUGCACUUACUAAAAGGUACAAGAGAAAGUGAUCAUCUCAGAAGAUGAGAAAAAGUCAUUUGUUUUGCAGUCAUCUUACCGUACUGAUUUUUUAGAAGAUGGUUACAAAGAAGUUUGAGAAAUGUGAUCUUAGUCAAUAAGUCUGUAACAAACAGGAGGGGAAUCAACUCUUUGAAAGGGUAGAUAACUGCAGGACAAGGGGAAAUGGUUUUAAGUUGAGGGAGGGGAGAUUUAGGUUGGAU